AUGGCACUACGUAGUGCCUUUCUUGUGCCUUUCAUCUUAAUGCUGAUCACAAUGGGCUUACCGAUAUUCUUUCUGGAACUUGCAAUUGGACAAUAUUCUGGUCUAGGUCCUAACGAGGCAUUUGCUCGAAUGGCGCCAGCAUUUCAAGGCCUCGGUUAUUGUACUUUAGUUGUUAUUGGAUUUGUUUUAAUCUAUUAUAUGAUAAUAGUAGCAUGGACAAUAUUUUAUAUCUUUGCAUCAUUUUCACCGAAUCUCGCUUGGGCACAUUGUAAUAAUGACUUUAACAGUAAUGAUUGUUACAGUGGUAUUCAAGAUCUUCAGUGUCAAAGUAACGACACUACUACGAUAUUUUACAACAGAACGUGUACCUCAAUUAAUAUAGUUUGUCAAAAAUUUGGCUACGAAUAUGGAAACAUUACGCAUUGUUUAAAAAAUGACACUAACAACAACAACAACAACGCUACACCGUUUCGUCAUCUUUACAAAAGAGUAUUAUCUUCCGAGGAAUAUUUCAGCGACUACGUUCUCGGUAUUCGUGGUGCCACGUGGGAAAACUUUGGUGGAAUAAGAUGGGAAUUACUUGGAUGUCUAACACUUGCCUGGAUUAUCUGCUAUUUGUGUCUAAUACGAGGUGUCCAAUCAAUUGGGAAAAUCGUCUACUUCACUGCAAUCUUUCCUUAUGUCGUAUUAUUGGCAUUGUUAAUAAGAGGUGUCACACUGGAAGGUGCUGGUGAAGGUUCUCUCUGGUACAUCACGCCCACCUGGUCGACGUUGAAAGACGCCAACGUAUGGGGAGAUGCAGCAUCGCAAAUCUUCUAUUCACUUGGCAUCGGUUGCGGAUCUUUGGUCACUCUAUCCAGCUAUAAUUCUUUCACCAACAAUUGUCACAGAGACGCCAUUUUCGUCAGUAUCACGAAUCUCUUCACUUCGAUAUUUGCUGGUUUUGUGAUCUUCUCCAUAUUGGGAUUCUUAGCAAAACAAAUGCAAAUGCCAAUAGACGAGGUUGUCAAAAGUGGUACGGGCUUGGCUUUUAUCGCUUAUCCGGAAGCAGUGGUGAGAAUGCCCUUACCAAAUCUAUGGGCAUUUCUUUUCUUCUUUAUGCUUUUUAUCCUUGGUCUUGGUAGUCAAUUCGCAGGGGUGCAAGCGAUAAAUGCGGCAAUACUGGACGUACGCCCGGAUUUACGAAAGUACGAAAGCUACGUCAUACUGGGAAUAUGUAUACUAUGUUGGUUAUUGGCAAUACCAAUGAUUUUCGACGGUGGAAUAUACCUGUUCACAUUGAUGGAUUGGAAUACAGCAUCUUGGGCAAUACUAUUGAUCGGUGUCGCUGAGGUCGUACUGGCUUCUUGGUGUUAUGGAUGUAACAAAUUUCUCUGUAACAUCGGCGAGAUGCAAAUGAAGUUCGGUCGGUUGCUACAUAGCUAUUGGUGGCUCAGCUGGGUCGUGCUCGCGCCUAUCACUUGCUUGGGGGUCUUCGUGUAUCAAAUGUAUACCUACGAGUCGGCAAGCUACGGUGAGUACGUCUUUCCUGGUUGGGCGAACACGAUUGGAAUACUAAUCGGACUAUCUACCCUGGCACCAUUUCCGAUCUUUUUUGGCAUACAUCUUUGGAAAAUAUUGAGGAAGAGUGAUUUAUUCCGGCCGACUAAUUUGUGGGGACCAGCCAUCAAAAAGGACAAUUUGGAUUCCGACAGCGUCGAGACAGUCAUCGUCAAAUCUGAACAAAUUCGUAACGAUCAUUGA